CUAGAAUUUCAGUCCGACCUCAUAUAUUUCUGAUAAAUACACAAAUUUAUGAUAAGACACUAACAGAGCAUAAAGAUAAUUUUUAACCAACUACCACAUUGAAAAUUCAGAAUAAUAAAUAAUUUAAAUACAACGACAUUUGUUGAAAAUCUAGGAAUAAUAGUGAAAUUAAAUCUAAACUGUGCAGUUUUCAAGAAAGAGCUUAGUUCUAUGCUUUAUAUAUUUCUGUAGCUUAGUACAUCCUAUCAAGAUUCCAGAACAAUGCGAUUAUUUUACAUCAUCCUUUACACCUAUAAGAGAAAAAGGACAACUUUUUGGAAAUACCUGGCCUCAUUGGUGCUAUUAAUAGUCGCACUUUGUGGCAUAUUUAUGUUAGGAUAUUCAACACCUAAUAAAGCAGAUUCAUAUCCGAAGCAGUGCUAUUAUAUAGACGACAAGGAAACUCUACCUAAUAUAUUGGACUUACAUGUUCAAUCAGAGAAAACGAUAUUCUUCCACGAACCUUCUUGUGACUCCAACACUAAGGAGAAAAUUACCAUCUCCGCUCAACAUGCGUGUGCAGUGGAGAGCGCAGCCAGAUUGAACCCGAAUUAUGACGUAACUCUGAUUUACAAUUCUCCUGGUGUUAUUAAAAUGGAAGACGACGACGAUACAGAUAAGAUUAUAGAAGCAUUGUUAACUUACAAAAACGUUAAAUUUGUGUACGCCAACAUUAAUCAGUUUAGCGGAGGUACCUUUUUGGAGAACGUGGUUAGUCCAGUCUUUUCAGAUAAGUUUGGAGAUGUGAUAAACGAUGCGAUUGAUUCUUUCAGGUAUAUCACUCUGUGGAAAUAUGGAGGCAUAUGGAUAGACCUUGAUAUGAUAGUUACCAAACCGCUGGAUGACCUUCCCGCUAACUUUGUUGGUAUGGAAUCUAGUAAAAAAGUCAGUACAGAUAUCCUGGGUUUCCAAGCGGAUGGUCCUGGUCAUAAACUAAUAGCCAAUUCGCUAAAUUAUCUCGCUACUAAAUUCAACAACCCUCAUUUCAACACGUUCAAUGAAAAUUUCCAAAACGUAAAUAAUUCUGACUUGUUUACAAGAUUCCUAAAAUCAACUUGUGAAGCUGAAGCAUUUCAAAAUGUCGGUGCUCAAAUCUGCCAAGAUAUCACAAUCCUUGCUAGCAAUUACUUUUAUCCAAUAGACAUCGAUUCUUUGGAGAAGUACAUAGAAGGAGAAAAUGUAGAAAACGUUAUGGAUGUUUUCCAGAAAAGUUACACUUUCCAUACUUGGGAUUCAAAACGAAACACAAGUCUGCUGACGAACAAGUCACCUUUUUUUCAUCUCGUUCAAAGUUUUUGUCCCAAAACGUACGAAAUAGGAAAUAAAUUGUUUUAAAUGA